AUGGGGGCGCCAGACGGCAGUCUUGCUUCGGUGAUCGUCGUCGUUCUAGCGACAGCGCAGUGCUGGGGCAGGGCCCAGAGCGUCACAAACGCGUCGUCCAACGCCGAUAUCCGAGCGGGGCCAGUGAGUAGCACCGCGGUCACUAAAUCCUUCCUUGAGGUCGAAAAAAAUGCAACCCCUCAUCUAACAGCUACCCCAACUACUGGUGGCAGUACGACCACUGACCGAUGGUAUCCGUAUGACCUGGAACCGGUAAACAUCCUCGGCUGCAAGUGGCCGUCAGACCUCAUAGAACGCGUCAAUUACUGCGUCAAGAAAGAAAACCUUUCACAGGCUAUUAAAGGAGCAGUCGCCGAAGACGUCGCUUAUUACGGUAUAUUAAGCCCUAAGAUCUUGGCUCCUCUGUUGGGCAUUUGCGUCUCGAAUUCAUGUCAUUGCGAGAUGUCAAAAGCGGACGUCUCAGAAACGUUGACGCUAUGGAAAAAUAACGACGUGCUGCUGAAGGCAUUCCAUCGAUGUUUGCAAAAGAAUACGGAAGGAAUGGCACGAAUGUGUGGCGUUGAUACAAAAGUAAGCUCUGUAGUCAGUGGAAUAAUCGGAGUCCACAUCAACAUUAUGGACUUGAUUUUUGAAAUCACGAACAGCAAGGAAGCACGAUCUACUGACUACAGCGACUGUUUGAAACAGACGAUUGAAGUUCUGCACGAAACGGCAGCCUUGUAUCUCAGCAGUCAUUUCUACGUUAGGAAUAGCGUUCUGUGUUGGGACGUUACGCAAGGAACGUGUACGUCGCAGUGUAAGAAAUUCGGUGAAUCGAUCGCCUGUUUACAGAAACGUUGCGAUCAGCAAAGACUGAACUUGCGGAGCACUGGUGUCUGGGAAUGGUUCCUCAAGGAUCCGAUGAAAGCGAAAGCAACUUGCAACAUCAGCGAUGAGGACGUCUGCCUGAACUCCAGCAAAGAAAAGCAGCCAGAUGCCACUAAGAACACCAGACUGAAUAAGCUGAUUGACGGAAUCAAGGAUAAAUGGCAUGAUUUCAAAGAUACGAUUGAAAACGAUCUUCGCAUUCCUUUGCCACUGGCUAUGGCUGUCAUCCUCUCAGUCUUUGUGAUAUUCUCUCUUGGCGUUGCGCUGAUCUGUAUGUGGCGACAGGGACUCAUCGGAUCUGAAGCUCGAAAGGAUCUACGCUACACGAAAUUAAUGCCGAACCGAAAAGCAAGAUAUUCAGAGGAAAAACAAGCUCUAACCCUGGACGACCAAGACGAAGUUUAA